AUGGCACCUGAAACAUUAAGACGAAAACCCUAUACACCAGCAAGUGAUAUUUAUAGUUUUUCAAUGAUAAUGUGGGAAUUUACAUCAGGUAUUCCUCCAUUUAGUCGUGUAGCACAUGAUCAUCACCUUAUUUUGAGUGUCUGUGAAGGGAAACGCCCUGAAAUUGUUGAAAAUACUCCAAAAUGUUAUAUAGAUUUAAUAAAAAAAUGUUGGGAUUCAGAUCCUUCCAAUAGACCAACCAUAACAAUGCUCGAAGAUAUUAUAUCUGAGUGG